AAUGUUCCUAUCCGAAUCAAAAAAAUGUCUGAUUGGCGCUGUUUUAAUUAAAAUAGGAUCAGCAUUAUUGUUAACUUGGGGAAAAACAAAUGUUUAUUUCUAUUCUUUCUACAAGCAAACAGAACCUGAUUUAUCCAUAGCAGUAAAUUCUUAAUUUAUUUUUAGUACAACACUUUACCAAUUGCCAUUAUGGCACUUCCAAUUGCUCUUAUUACAAUAUUUUCAGUAAAAAUAGCAAAGAAGGUUGGAUUUAUUUUACACAUAAGAAUAGCCACAAUAAUAUAAUGUGCAUCAUUAUUAAUUGCUCCUUAUAUGCCUACAUACUUGACAUUCUUAAUCUUUUAUAUUUUUUUCUAUGGAAUCGGAUAUUCAAGUGUUGCAUUUCCUGUUUUUUCAUGUACUUGGAGUCAUUUUAAAAAAUCUGAAGGACGUGUUUCAGGUCUCUUAUUGGGAGCUUAUGGUUUUGCAUCAGUAAUCUAUGUCAUAAUAAUUACUUAUAUCAGCAAUCCCAAUAAUUAAUAAGCAGACCUUAUAACUGAGCAUAAGACAUAAACAAUUAAAUAUUUUUCAGGAAGUGUAGCUUAAAAUGCAUAAUAAGCUGCUUAAAUAGUGAGUUAUGUUGCCAGUAUAUGUUGUUUAAUUGGAGGAUUCUUAAUUCGUCCAUAUGUUGAGACAGCUAACUAUAAUUAAGUAGGAGUUAGUGAUUAGAAGAUAUAAUAAUUUGAAGAGGAAACACCUAAAUAAAAUGAAAAAGAAGGAUAAUAAGAUUCAUCUGUUGAAAUUGAUCCUUCAUCAGUUGCUGUAAAUGAUUUGCCUCUUGAAAUUGCUUCAGAUCAUGGAUUGUAUUUUUUUUAUAAUUAGUAGACCUUAAAUUAAAAUUAAAUAAUCUUUAUCUGCAGCAAUAAAAUCAAUUUAAUUUCUUACUAUUGUUAGUUGUUUGAGUGUAUUAACUUUAUUCUUAUUGACUCUUGGAUUAAAUUAUAAAAGUUAUUUCCUAACAAAAAUUAAUGAAGAUUUUUUUAUUACAUUUGUAGAUUUAGUUGCUUUAUUGGCAUCAUCCUUUGCUAAUAUACUUUGGGGAUUUUUAAUUGAUAGAAUAAAUUUUAAAAUACUUUUUGUGAUUAUAUAUUUUGUAAGUGGAAUAGGAGCUAUAGCUUUGCCAUUUUCUGCUACAGAUAAAAUUUCAUUUUUUAUUGUUUAUGUCAUUACGAUGAUGUUUGAUAAAGGAGCAUUGGUUGUAACAGGGCCUGCUUUAAUCAAGAUUUUCGGAGAUGAUAUUGGACAUCAAUUAUUCCCUUUAACAUAUAUUAGUUCAUUAGUAUCCGUUGUUGUGGGUCCUGUUAGUUAGUUUAUAUUAUUGAAGUACUUUUCAUUUGAUAUAAUAUUAUAUUGUUAAGGGUCAUUAAUUUUAUUAGUGAUUAUAUUCAUUAUUAGACUAAAUAUGAAUUAUUAAAAAUGA